ACAGCAGUGUACAAUGGAAUUUGCUUACACUGGGAUUUGAGUUCUAUUUUUAUGCUUGUUUAGAAAACAAAUUUAUUGGUUGCCUUGUUACAUAAUGGGAAAAGCAACACAAAUUGUCCCAAGAGCAGUUUUGAAUUGAGUGUCGUAAAAACGAAACCAAACCAGUUACUUACCAAUUAGACUACUCAGCCAAUCUCUAGCCAAAGUGAAACCAAAACGAAAACAAAAACCAAAGUAAUUGCCUGAUUACUUUUGACUCUCAGUGUCCCAUUCCCUCUGUGAGAUGUGUCUGCGAGGAAUCAUGGUAGUUGUAUUCACCAUUUUGAACUGGGUAUUUGUUUUGACGAAUACAACAACCAUGACUUCCUUUUCUUCUUCUUCUAUGUUAAUUAAUAAGUCUAAGAAACAUUUAGAGCUUUUUUUAAAGAAUGUGUGAAAAGACUCAGAUUUUCUUUUUUUUUUUGGAAAAAAAAAAUUUAACUCCUUUUGUAUAUUAAAAUUACUAUUGAAUUAUCAUCAUCAUCAUCAUUAUUUGAUAAUCUUGGUCACAAAACUUAUCAAAGAGUUGGUACAAACAAGUUAUUAUGACACUAGAUCUAGAGUGUAAGCCCUCUGAGCACAGCUGCUGGAUUGUUGGUUUCUGAUAUUAAUAUUCAAAAUCGCUUGCUAACCAUCGUUCAAUCGCUCCACUUAUAAAUAAGCUUGUAGUUACCCACAGCUGUUUCCAAAGCAACCAAGGCUGUUUUUCCAUAACUCAUCCAUGCAGUCUCGCAUACUGUAGAUAAAAAGCGACAUUUCUAUAGCUUAUAGCAAAUUUUCCUUCCUCUUUUCGGCUUUUCGCUCAUUCUUGAUUGAAAACCGUUCAGGUCCGCGAAAUCAAACCAUUUUACGAUGCUUUAUUAGAGAAAACUUUUUAUCAACAUUGAGCCCGCGAUAAAAUUGCAUAAUCUUUUUAAACUUGUGCGCGAAAUCUACCGCGCCCAGGAUGCCGCGCCAAAACCGCCGAAACAGACACUCGUUCUGAAUUCAAAUAUGGCGGACAACCAGGAAGUGGAUUGUUCGUCUCAGAUUUCAGAGCGGUUAUAAACUGAGGUAUUGUUAGUACUUUCUCUACAAAAGUGAAACCUUAGGCGGUUUUAAGUCGUUCAUAGUCUGAGAAUAAUGAUUGUCAGUCAAAGAGAAGGCGCGGUUCGAUUCAUCAAAAGGAAUAAUAGCUUUGUAGUUACAUGCGAGGAUGCCACCUCGAGCUCGGGGGUUGAGGAAUUUCCUCUUCACCGUGCAGUGCGACGUGGUGACGUGAACACAGUGGAGAGCUUGCUGAAGCAUGGAGCAGACCCCAAUGAGAAGGAUCGUAGGGAGACGACACCCAUACACUACGUUAACCACUUGAAUGAAGACUCCUACCAAAUGGUGCACGUUUUGUUGAAAUAUGGUGCUGAUAUGCUGAUUAGAAACUGUUAUGGACAGCUGCCAUUUGAAGAAGCUUUAGCGCUUUCUAACAAGAAAGCCUGCAAGGCUUUUGUAGACUGGGGAUUUUCACUUCAAAAAUGUGACCGCAUGCAUAAUGGCACAUACGAGCUACUUGGCCAAGUCCAGCUGUUUCAACCUUAUGCUAUAGAGACACUUCAAGUUCUUGUUGAUCUGGGGGUUGAUCUAACCACUGCGCUGUCCUCAAGAGGUGAAACCCUGCUACACCGGGCGGUAGAGUAUGGUGUUAGCUUGGAAACUAUACAAUUUCUUAUCAGAUCCGGACUCUCAGUAAACCAGCAGAACUGCUUAGGAAUGACACCUUUGCAUAUGAUGCGUUUCACAGACUGCAACUUAGAUUGCGAUGAAGAAGAGAAAUACAGGCAUGUAAAAGUUGUAAAGUGUUUCAUAGAAGAAGGAUAUCAUGUGAACUGCCAAGACAUCUUUGGAUGCACAGUUGUACAUUACAUCGUCUCUGAAAUGCGACAGAGCUCCAUCCUGCAAUAUCUUAUUAGUCAUGGUGCAAAUAUAAACGUUAAAGAUAGAAAUGGCGAGGCACCUUUACAUUUAUCCUGCUACUGGAGAAAUGUAACAAAUGUCAAAGAAAUGAUUGAUGGGGAUUGCCUGACUGAUAUUCGAGACAAUCAAGGUGCAACCAUAUUUCACUAUACUGUUUUCUACAACAAUCCAACAGUUCUUGAAUAUCUUUUAAAUGAUCUACGUGAGCCAUCUCUGGUUGAUGCACCAGAUGACUCUGGAAGAACUCCACUUCAAUUGGCCAUGUGUUUUGGAUAUGUAGAACUAAUAGAACUCUUUAACCGCUAUUUCCAAUCCUUUAAGAAAAGCCCAAGCAAAUUUGUGGGCAACAUGCCAGAUUGUUUUCCUCUGAAAGAUGAAUUUGAAGUUUUUGAGCAAGAAGAAGUUAAUAGUAUGCCUUCAGAGGACUUCGUUAUGAAGGAUGACCAGAAUAAAACACUUCACAAGGUACUUAGUUCUCCUGUCAUUGGAAUGCUACCAGAAUUGGAUGAAGUAAAGCAAGUUGAAGAAGCUGUGAACCAACUUAUUGAACAGGUAUCCAUGAAAGUAAACAAAAACUGCCCACUUUUUUCUUUUGAGCCUAGACUCUCUGGUAGUUUAAGUGAGGGAACUAAGUGUGGGUUCCCAAAUGAGUUUGAUCUCCUGUGUACAAUGGUGGAACUAUCAAAUCUUUUUUUGGAUCCAGUAGUGGAUUCCAGUCCUCCAAUGUUUGGCCAACUGCAACUCAAACCUAGGAUUUGUCUCCCCAACCAUGAAGUUUCACAGUAUGUGGACAAAGACAAAAGUUUGCGAUCUGCAAAAUUGAUGGAGGAUUUCACAGAGGCACUUAAUAGUGCCUUUUUAGAAAAGGACAUUUGGGAAGACGUGCCAGCACUUUCACCAGUAAGUUUGUGUGUAAAGAGUGCAAAUGCAACCACAAUGCGCAUCAGGUGGCAUGGACACUUCUUCAAAGAUAUGCUCAUUUCUGUAGAUCUUGUCCCAGCACUUUUUUUCCCCAAUUUCUGGCCACCAAAUGUCUCUAAGACAGCACUUUUAACACCAAAGAUGAAAGAAAAUGGAAUACAUGUUGUGUUUGCUCUGCACAAUGACAAGUUUUUUGAAAGCCAAGAAAAGCACUUUCGCCUUUCAUUUUCUCUUGCUGAAACUGAGAUGUUCAAGUCCCUCCCAGAGCAAGUUUGCCGGGGUUACAUUCUUGCAAAGGCAAUCAGGAAUCCAUCUGUAUGUCCACAAAUUGCACCCAAAACAAAGGUGCAGACAUCUACAGACACAUUUUCUGAACCGCAAAUGGAAUGUUUGACUGAAAAUGACGAAGUGAUAGAUUGUCCUGAAGAGGGCUUGUCUAGAAAAGAGUGGCAGUGCAUCCCAGAGAGUGAAGAGGGAGAAGAGGUUGAAGCUGAGUUAAUUGAACCUGUGGAUAAUGAUAUCCAUGCAGAUAAAAUCAUUACCUCUUAUUUCCUAAAAAAUGCACUGUUUUCAUUGGUGAACAAGUCUUGUAACAGAGAACUUGGUGUGGAUCUUCAGAACAACUCUCAGGAUCAAGCCAUUGUUUGGGCAAAACUUAUUUAUGACUACAUUGAAGAUUGCCUUGCAGAGAAAAGGCUGUCAUCUUUUUUUAUACCCAGCUGCAACUUACUCAACAAGGCCUAUGACUGGGGACAACACGAGCUGGUGUUUAAGUCAGGAGCAGAAUUUGAGCCCCUGCCCACAGCAGAUGAUGAUGAAUCCCAAGAUUCUGAUGAGACAGAGGAAGAUGUUGAGUACUUAAGAAAGCUGUUUGUUAAAAUGCUAAAAGGAAUUCUCCAGUCCCACUAAAAAAAGCAGUGGGUGUUCAUGCAGUAAUAGUGAGGUGCACUUUUCUCAACUUUUCCCAAAACUAUUUUCCAAGGUUAAAAUGUCCUUCAUCAAGCACUAAUUAAAAUUAGUUCAACAAAAUAGUUUAUAAUCACCUUUUUCCAUUUGAACAAAAAUGUUUUUAUUAGUACAGUAGGUUUUAUGUAUAGCUCUGAUUAUGUUAGAUUAUUCUUUUAUGAACUUGCAAGAGGAUGAACAAUUAUGUCUGUCCUAUUUAGAAUCUCAGUUAGGGGGUUUGGCACAUCCCUUGUCUGGAUUUCAAAGAGAAAAAUUUCCUCACAUAUUUGGUUGGAAAUAGAGUAAAAGCCUGCUUUUGGUUGUCACUCACAAAAGCAUGGUGUCUUUUCAAUGAGACAUGCAUUAGAGGACUGCCAAUAGUUCCACUUGUGCUGCGAUUGAAGUCAUGUCAAGUAUUCACACAACAUGUCAUUUCAAAGGUCCCUCCACUAAGCAUUUCAUGUGGCCUGAAAAUUGUUCAUGGUCAUCUAAACAAGCAGUAUAGUAAAUGUUGACAUGAUCAGGGCAUAAAUUUUCCCAUUUAUCCACCAAAUACUGAGCAGCAACCUGCAGCAUAUAAUUCCCAGAACUGUUUUUUCUUUUUUUUUUUAGGGGUGGUGGUGGGGCUCUGUAGUGGGAUAGUUUUUGGGCCUGGAGUAGUUUUUGGGUCUUUUGAGAAAUGCACAAGAGUAAGUCAGAAGAUUAGAACAUACUCCCAGAAUGCAAACAAAGUGUAGAUGAACGCGACCUUUUAAAUACACCCUCGUCCUGCCUUAGUUGUCACUUGUUGUGAUCCUUGUGUGCAAUUAAGUAUCCUGCCCAGCAAAGUUAACUAAUUUUCUAAAUAGAUUACAGAUUAGAUCAGAAUGGAGGUAACAGAUACAACUUAAUAACAACAUGGUGAUGCACAUGAAAAUGACUGAUGGUGCCUUAGGGUGGCGGUUAAGUUGGAACACCUCCAGAAUAAUUUAACUAAUAGCAGUUAAGCAUGACACGUUCUUUAGCCACAACAACCGGAAGUGAUUGUUUCCUCUCAUCUUCCUUUUCAAAUUUUUAUUUUUUUACUUUUAUCCAAAGUUUCGCAUAAUUUGCGGAACUGAACUAAGUUAUGUAGCAUGGUUUUCAUGACAGCGGUAAAUGUUUCAAAUUAAGGUAAAUCUAUUUACAAAAUUACAUAAGGUGGUUUGCCCAGCUGCAGCAAUUGAUCCUACAAAUCUAUAGGGAGUGAAGUAUUUUUCUUGCUUUGGAGCUAGCAAGGCAAGCAAGCAGCAACAUAAUCAACCCUUCCAACCUAAACAAUGCUCUGCACAAUGUCCAGAGUGCGGACGCUGUGCAUCCGUUUCCUUAUUACUUUGCAACCAUGUUUUCCCGUUACCUUGUAACCCUGUUGCUUUGUUAUCUUGUUUCCAUGUCAUCUUGUUGCCGUGUUACUUUGUUAUGUUGUUGCGAUGUUACCUUGUUACUCUGUUGCCUUGCUACCCUUUUACCUCAUUAUUCUGUUACCUAGUUAUCUCAUAACCUUGUUACUCCGUUACCUUUCUACCUAGUUACCCUGUUUACCUUGUUACUCUGUUACCUUGUUACCCUGGUUACUCUGUUACCUUGUGACCUUGUUACUCAUACUCACACCCUCCUUUACACAGUGAAAG